AUGGCGGCUUUGAUAAUUUCUCAACAAGAAACCAAGCCCAAAAAAAAGAAGUUUUUCAGCCGUAAUCAGCAAGGGCAAUACGAUAAUCAUAGAGACCGUAAUGACCCCACCGAUGAGGAAAAUGACGAUGAAGAGGAAAACCAAAAUAAUUACGACCCCCAUCAAGGGUUUAUCAAAAAGGGAUAUUCUAACAAAGAUAUUCAAGAACUAAGAGUGGCUGGUGAAAAAGGUUUUUGUGACGAAUUGGUUAUAAUUCUCAAAAAAUCUCCUCAUGCCUGUGCUGAGGAUUUAAAAUGA